AUGGCCUACGAUUUCAGCCGCGCCUAUGACGUCAUCGACCAUCGUAUGCUCAAGCUGAAGCUCCUGCGGCUGGGCCUACCUGCCUGUCUGGUUCGCUGGAUCUGGGCAUUCCUGCGCGACCGCCGGGCGUCUGUGGAGGUGAACGGCGCCCGGAGUGCUGAACGAGUCUUCAGGGCCGGUCUCCCGCAGGGCAGCGUCCUGGCCCCGACGCUGUACACCCUGUGGGCUGCCGACCUCAUCUUGGAGCUGCGACGAGUGCCACACACCACGACGUACAUGUACGCGGACGACACCGCAACCCUCAGCGGUGGGAGCUCUAUUGCCCUGGCAAAGGAAAGGGCACAGAAGUCGGCGGACAUUAUCGCCGCCUGGGCGGACCGCUGGAAGAUGAGGGUGGCGGGUGAAAAGACCCAGGCCAUUGUUCUCUCACAAUGGGCCAGGGACGCCGGUGAGCUGACCGUGAAGGUCGCUGGAGUGUCAGUGAAGGCGGGCUCCCAGCUCCGCCUCCUCGGCGUGACCUUCGACCGUCUCCUCCAUUUUGGACCACACUGCACCGACCUCCGCCGCAGGGUCAGACCAAGGACCGCCCAGCUGAAGAAGCUGACCGGCCGAUCGUGGGGCCUCGGCGAACAACAACUACGAACCGUCGCCAACGGCUACGUCCGCGGUGCGCUGGAGUACGCCGCGGCUGCGUGGCUGCCGGCGGCAUCGCCCUCGCACGUCGAGCUGAUCGAUCGGGAGCUGCGCGCGGCCGCGCGGGCAGUGACCGGAUGCACGGCAUCUACUCCGGUGCACGCCCUGAUGUCCGAGGCCGGCAUGACAGAUGCCUGGUCCAGGAGACAGGCACUGGCAGCGAGAAUGGUGGGACUCGCGGCGUCCCUCCCCGAGGGAGACCCGCUGAGGUCGGUCGGGGAGGCGGUCGUCCCUCGACGACUCAAGACCACAGGAUGGCGCGAGGUGGGCGCCGCCGCGCUCGCGGCGGCCGACGCGCAAGACAUACCCGUCGAGGCCCGCCUCCACCACACCCUGCCGCCGUGGGCCGACAACUCUACCGUCCACUUCCAUCUGGACCUCGGCCCGCGGGCCAGACGUGCGGCCCCGGAAGACGUUCGGCGUGCCGCAGCUGAAGAGCGUAUCCGGGAGCUACCUGAGGAAGCCGUCUGGAUAUGGUCGGACGGAUCGGCGGAGGACGGCGUCGCCAAUGGCGGGGGCGGCGCCCUGAUCCGCACCCCAACCGAAGAUGACUGGGAGCUGAGGGUCCCUGCUGGCCGCCUGUGCUCCAGCACGCGCGCGGAGCUCGCCGCGCUGCUGGCAGCGCUGGAGGCAGUCGCUGAACUGCCGAGAAGCGCGGGCCUGCCGGUGGUCGCCUGCCUGGACUCCAGGGCGGCCCUGCUAACGCUGGCUGCAGGCGCCUCGGCCCAGACCACAACAUUGGGUGCCAGUGUGUGGACCCAACUGCUGCGCCUACAAGCAAGCAACAGCUCAAUUCACCUCCAAUGGGUACCGGCUCACUGCGGGCUCCCGGGUAAUGAGAGGGCGGACGCAUUAGCGAAGGAGGCGGCCGGGAUGUCCCAGCGGACGACGCCGGUCGACGCCCGCACCCUCACGGGGGCUGCUGCGCGGGUCGCCGGCAGGGAGUGGCGAGCGAGCCGGCCUGCGGGCUGGUACCGAGACGUCAUGGCGGACCGCGCCCCCGACCCGGUCCGAGCCGCUACCAGGGAGGAGGCCAUCGACAUACAUCAACUCCGAUCGGGACACUGGGGACGGUCGGAACAAUAUCUCCACCGCAUUGGGCGCAGACCGACACCCGAGUGCGCUCAGUGCAACGACAUCACAUGCCCGGCGGGCCGUUGUCUCGUCUGUGGCGAGGCCGCGGACACCCCGGCGCACGUACUACUGGAGUGCCCGUGCCUGUUCGGCCCCCGCCUCCAAGCGCUGGGUAACAUCACAGGCACGGCCCGAGACGUACAGCGCGACGACGUGGUGGCGGCCUUGGCCGCCGGCUACGCGGCCCACAAGAGCCGCGUGGCUCCGUCACCGCCUCGGCGGUGA